UUUUAAAGAUGUGGUUCCUCAAUGAUUUAAAGAUGUGGUUCCUCAAUGAUAUGCGGAGUGCUGAUGAUAAUGUGUUAAGGCCUAAUUGGCAGCAAUACCAGCAAAUUAAUUGAACAAAUUUCAGAUACAAUGUGCAAUGUUUACCUUGUAAAGGCUGGCUCCACCAAUAUUUCUUGCAAAUAUGUUUAUUUACUCUUUAUAGCAAUGGAGCAUGCAGUUCUUUUGCUUUGCUUGUAUAUCAAUAUAUCAUGGAGUCCAAUAUGGACUGCUUGAUUGCAUCUUUGUAUAAACUACUUGUCAUCUUGCAAGGAUGACUCAUUAUGUACUUGGUGGCCUUCCACUGCAUUUUGCUUUUGUUGGAGAGCAUCAAUUACUGCUGUAUUUGAGUCUUUUUGUGGGCUGUGGCGAGGCUGAAUGUGGAAGCAGCAUGAGGUUGUAUUAGAUGGUGUUUUGACAGUUGCAGAAGAUCCCCAAGUAAGCUCUAUAUGCUAUUCAAUGUUUGAGGUGAUGAUAGUAUAAUCUAUAAAUACUAGCAUUUUUUAACCUUUUCAUUCAGUUUUGAUCUGUCAUGUAUACCUACAGUCAUUGUUGCCGGUACGACCAUUGGCAAUUUGCUUUGCAUCCUUUCUAAUGAUACAAAUUCAGCAGUCUAUUCAUUCAACCUUCUUCAAUCUAUUCAUUAUAAAGUGACAUGGUUAAUUCUGGGAAUACAGUUGGUUGUAGGUACUUUCAAUUUCUUGGUUUUCAGUUUUGAUCUAUUAUUAUGUAUCUUUUACGGCCAUUAUAGCACUUAUAUUAUUGGCAAUUUGUACCUUUUCUUAUGGUUUAUAGCAAUCUUUUACAGCCAUUAUAGCCGUUAUAUAACUACUACCAUUGGCAAUUUGUAUCUUUUACAGCCAUUAUAACCCUUAUAUGACUACCAUAACAUUUUUUUAAUUUUAUCAAUUUAUAAUUGUAAUUAUGUUGAAAUAUAGUUAUUUUGUUAUAACUUAUAAGCUUUUGUUGAUCCAUUGGUCUUUAGUUUCAAUCUACUAUGUAUCUUUUACAGCCAUUUUAGCUGUUAUGACUACAGUGACAUUUUUUUUUUUAUCAAUUUAUAAUUGCAGUUUUGUCGUAAUCUAGUUUUUUUUGUUAUAACUUAUAAGCUUUUGUUGAUCCACUAUUCUUCCUCAGUACUUAUAUUUCUUACCAGUAUCUUUUUUUUGUGCGAACUGUUUUUUUUUUUUUUUUUGACUGAAAGAGGUAGAUGUGUGAACUGUUGAAUCAGUGUUCGUUUGGGAAAAACUUAUUUAGCAUUUUGCUAAAAGUGUGUUUGCAUACAUGUACUAAAAAGCUUACAACUCUAGCCAAACAGACAUGAAAGUAUUAAUCUCAUUCUAUUUUUGUGUUGACAUUUCUAUUUUUUGCUUCAGCACUGUUAUUUAAUGAUUUAAAAAACAAACUAUUUUAAGCUAAAGUUUGUAAUUUUAUUUUUUCAUUGGUGCCAGUGGAUGAAUGUUUCACUAAUAAAAAAAUAUGCACAAAGGCACAAGACUGAAAAGGGCAAAUGGUUUCAAUUAAAAAAAAAAUCUAUUUGAAUUCAAUCACUGUAAAGUAGUUUGUGAUAGAUGACUGAGAUUUCAUAAGAAUCCUUUAAUUUUAUAAAUAUUUUUUAUAAUUAGAUUUCAUGAGAAUGGUAGUUUGUGAUAGAUGAUAUUUUAAAUUUUAAAUUGGAUUAUUAUGUUCUGUUUGUCAAGAUGGAAUGUAAUUAUACCUUGUAAAGACUUGUUUGCUACCUUUCAAGUCGCAUGAAAGGCUAAUGAAUAAAUUAGCUGCUAACAUAUGGCUGGUUGUUUUCUGGUUUUUUGAAGUUUUCAUUUGGUGGAGUAAGGUUGGAUUGGUGGUACCUUUCAUUUUUUUGCUCUAGGGGAGGAAAAUAGAUUACAGUUUCUGUUCACAAAGCAGUCAUGUAAUUUUAUAAUUUAUGGGUUAACGGAGUUUUGUAUUGAGAAUUCUCGUUUUGCUUAUAUGUAGUUGUGAUGAAAGUUUGGAGGGGGAGGGGAUGAAUGUGGGGAGUAAGAAUGGCUGUCUUUUGCAAUGUAUUUAUUUGAAGGUGGGUUGGAGACUUGGACCAACACCAUUAACAUAGGUUGGUUGUCAAUUAUUUAAUUCAUACAUUCAAACGAAUAAAGCAGUCUGCCUCUUUAUUUAAUUACCUUCAGCCUUUCAUAUAGGUUCCUUCCCUUGGAUAAAAAAUUGGUCUCCCACAAUUUUUUUUGGUUGGGAGUUCUUUCAAAUUUAUGACUUGGGAGUUAGUUGCCAAUGGGGGUUUGUCUCAGUUGGUAAGGACCCACCUAGGUUCGAGUCUAGUUGCUAGUAGGAGUCCGUUGGUGGGCAUCCACACGGGUUGGCCCUUGAGCUUUUAACCUUAGCGCCCUGCCUGGGGGUUGACAUAACCUAGCUAACCCCUAUUUUCUUUUACCCAAAAAUAAAAAAAUUGGAGUUAGUUACUCAUAAGACACUGUGAACCCCAAAAUCUAAAACAUAUUUGUUUUCAACACACCCUUCAUUCCAAAAUGCCUUCUUGCCACCACUCUCCCCAUUUUACUCUCCAAUUCAGUCCAUGCCUUAUUGAUAGCAUGUUUUGUGAACCGUCAGUAAUUAGGACUCAUGGAACUUUGAAUUGAAGCGAGAUGACCAUGACCAUUCUCCUUAUCACACUUAAAUAGAAAAAUGCGCAUAUAUUGGUAUUGUCUUCAACAUCGAUUAUUAUUGGAUUUGGGUUGAGGAGUUGACUGAAGAAGGAUAUUGAAGCUAACACCAGACUGAAGGAAAAUAGAACAAUUUUUGGCGAAUUGGAGGAGAUAAUCCUAUGGUGGGGCUCAAAUUAAAACAAUUAUUGUGCUUAAAAUUGACUAGGUUCAUUUCGUUGUUGGUGGUGGUUUUUUGUUUCUGCUAAGUGUGGAUUCUAUGGGCUGAUGGGUAGCCGUAGGUAGUGGGUAGGUAUGGGUGUUGGUUGUAACUUUGUGAUAGUUUUGGGUGGGAAAACACUUCAGUUGUGACUUGACUUUGAAUUGCUAUAUUAGUGACUCUCUACAGCGGGAGAUGGAACCUUGGAUGUAUUUUGAAAACACCUAGAGGUGAGUUAAUUGUGAUAUAAGAUUCUGACUCUUUUUUCAUAUUUUAAGUUCCUAAAUAAAGGAAUGAUUAGUUUUGGAAGUAAUGGUUUACCCUUUUCACCCAUAGCAAAUUAUAAGUGCUAGGUUGUUGCAAGUUGUUAUUGGUAGGUAAAAAAGUAAUUUUAGUAGUAUAUUUUUAUUCAGAUCAAUGACAAUUAUUAUCUAUGAUUUGUUUUGAAAAUGUUAUUGAAGUAUCACUUUCUUGGUUAUUAAAUAAUUUAAUGGGGAUAAGGCUCUUUGGCUCUUCUUUCACAUUUAAGUACGUAAAAAGGAAUGAUUUAUGUUAGGAAUUUAUGUUUUAGCUUUUACAAAAAAAAAAACUUAGUUCAGGUAGAGUUUGAUGACUGAACAUGAGAUGGGGUUCAAUUCUUGCCUAUAUCCUAUGGUGGAGCCAAAGCAUUUUUCGGGGUCAAGCUAAAUAUAAAAAAGUUAUUUAGUAGCUAUCUACACCCAAUGGCAGAGCCAAAAAUAUUUUUGGGGGUCAAGUUAAAUAUAAAAGAAUUAUUUAGAGCUAUCUAAAACCCAAAUAAUUACACAAAUGUAUAAAACUUGUGUUAAUGACUAAUUCAAAAGGAUUUGGGAGUUAAAAGGUCUAAAUUCUAAAAUUUUUGGGGGGCUAAUAAUUAUAUAUAUAUAUUUUUUAUAAUUUGUGCCUUUUUUUAUCAUUUGAAAAAAAAAAUAUAUAUAUAUAUAAAAAGAUAAGUUACUAUUUAAGAAUAGUUUCAGUAGCGCUCUUUCCAAAAUUCUAGUUUGCUUUCGGUGGAAAGGAAUUUUCAAUUUCAGUAUAGUUUCAGUAGCGCUCUUUCCAAAAUUCUAGUUUGCUUUCGGUGGAAAAGAAUUUUCAAUUUCAGUAAAAGCAUUUAUGUUACUAUUUAUGAAUAGUUUUAGUAGUGUCCUUCUUCCAAAUUUCUAGUUUGCUUUCGGUGAAAAAGAAUUUUCAAUUUCAGUAAAAGCAUUUAUGUUACUAUUUAUGAAUAGUUUUAGCAGUGUCCUUUCCAAGAUUCUCGAAUAGUAACUAUUGGAACUAUUUAUGAAUGGUAACUUUAUAUAUAAAUAACAGAUAGUGAAAUGCUUUUACGAAGGUGAAAACUCUUUUCCACCAAAAGCAAACGAAAAUCCAGAAAAGGACACUGCUGAAACUAUUCCUGAAUAGUAACUUAUUUAUAUAUAUAUAUAUAUAUAUACAAGUUAUUAAAAGCAUUUCACUAUCUGUUAUAUAUGGACAAGUUACUAUUUAUAAAUAAUAAAAGCAUUUCAACAUCUGUUAUAUAUAUAGAUAAGUUACUAUUCAUGAAUAAUUCUAGUAGUGUCCUUUCUAGGAUUCCCGUUUGCUUUUAGUGGAAAAAUGUUUUCAUCUUUUGUAAAAGCAUUUAACCAUCCGUAAUUAUCGGCAAUCUGAGAAGGAUCCAAAGCUCUCUCUUGUCUAUUUAAGGAAGAAAAAGCUCCAUUUUGAAGUAGGUCCUUAAAGAGAGCCCACUCCUCAUAAAUUACAAGAGUUUAUUCCCUUCUUACAGAAUCCCUUUGUAAUCUUGUAUUAGGAACAUUCCUAUUCUUGUAGUUAGAUGGCCUCACCCACUCCUCAAAAAUUAGAAGAGCUUCUCCUUGACCUAAUAGAAAAGGUGGAAGACCCAGUUGUUAAGGUUCAGUACCUUACCAAGUUUCAGAAAAUCUUAGUUAGAGAGACCGAAGAACCCAAACCCAAGUCCUUUAAAUCUCAAGUCAACCUACAGGAAAUCCUCAAUAGGUUUACCAAAGUUGAGAAGGAAGUUACGGUUAGCGACCUUCAACAUGAAAUCAAGGAAAUUAAAUCUGAGGUUAGAACCCUUAAAGAAGAAGUUAGAAAACUUGGUCAAGCCCUAACCAUUCUUAGGAUUGAUCAUAACUUCCUUGAUCAGAAAAUGAAGCAUCAGGAUAAUACUUCUCAUCAGGGCAAUGAUGAGGCAGGUCCCUCGUACCAAAAUCCUUUAGAUGAUGAAGAAGUAGAGAACAUCUUUGAUGAGUCAGCCAACCUUAGUCUUCAAACUAAGGACAAAACAGCUAGGAUACAUGACCAGUUAUUUAACCUCAAGUGUCCUACCCUAAGUGACUUCAGAUGGUAUAAAGAUGUCUUCAUCACCAGAGUCAUGCUCAGAGACGAUUGUAACUCUCCACUUUGGAAGGAGAAGUUUAUCAAUGGUCUACCCAGUCUUUUCGCCUAUAAGAUUCUGCUAACCCUUAGCAGUCCUUCAGGAGUCAUAGAUUAUGACAACUUGACCUAUGGAGAUAUAUCUACUGUCAUCCACAGGGAAUGCCAAAAGAUGUGCAAUGAUAUAGAGAUUAGCAGAAAAGCCAAGUACGAUGCAAGUAGCUUUUGUACCCAAUAUGAUUUACCUCCCAUAGCCCCAUCAAAGAGAAAGUCUAGAAGGAGACCAAAACAACAUUUCUGACUUCCUUACCGUGAAUUCUUGCAAAAUCACUUAACAGUCUUCCCCCAGCAGAUUAGAUGCAAGGUUUUUACAAUACGGUUUUUUAUACAUGAAAACCGGGUAUAUAGGAAAUAUGAGAGAACCGCUUGAAUUGACCUGAAAAGCCGGUCCAACCGUAAGACGCCGGUGAAAUUUGAUUUUCCGAUCUGAAAUUCUGGCAUGGAUCUGAAGUGAAAAAAAAGAAAGAGAGAAACUGAUGAAGAAGAUCCGAAGAUGAAGCAAGAAAUUUAAGGAGCACCGAUUGAUGGCAAGAUGAGAUUAAAAAGAAAUUAGAUGAGCGCAGUUGCAGGCGUGACUCGUGAGGAGGAAGAAGAGGGGAGGACUGUAGGAGUACUGAAUCUGAACUUGAAGGCUAAUGAUGGAUGGUACUGAUCAGAGCCUUUCCGGUAGUAUAUUUUUGCCGAUCAUCCCGAAUUUUCCUCUCCUCCUUCUUCUCAGCAACACUUGACCAGAAGCUAGAAUAACUCCUCAGAUUUUUUUUUCUUUGUUCCUUGUUUCUUGAGUGACUAUAGUAAUCACUUGUAUUUCAUGUUUUUGUUCAGUGUGCUGCACUGUUUCGCUGACAACACCACUACCCACAUGACCUCGUGAAGCCCAAUGAAGUAAUUAGAGUGAUUUGACUAUUUUUAAACUUUACU